CUAUCUGAGCAUGGGGUGACAUGGUGGGUGAGGGCUGUAACAAAAUAGGGAUGUCAUUUUAAAAGAGCUGUGCUGGUUAGUUUAAUUUUUGAGGAGAGUAGAGAAAUCAGCUGGUUUUAUGUUUGGACUGGAAAGUACCACGCGUAUGGCCAAAAUGUUGAUUGGGAGUCUGAAAUCUAGACGAGACGAUGAUGAGUCUGAAGCCAAACCAUUCUGCCAGUGCUGGGAGGAGAAACGGCUGCCUGUGACAUGGAAACAGCUGAGUGCCUGUUCCUGUGGCGAAGAUAUCGAUGCCGUUAGUGAAUGGAAAUGGCGGCACCCAGACUUCAACCUGUCCAGUUCGGUGGUGGUGAGCGAGGACCAGAAGCAGGUCACAUUCCACCCGUCGUACAGCUCAGGCACGGCCGUCAUCUGCGGGGACACGGCGCUGCAGCAUGGACACCACUACUACUGGGAGGUCAAGAUGCUCACUGAAACUUACGGCACAGAUAUUAUGAUCGGCAUAGGCAGCAACAAAACCAACCUGUCAGGGGCCCAAUUCGAGUUCACAUCACUACUCGGGGGGGAUUCUGAGUCCUACGGUCUGUCGUACCGCGGCGGCGUGCGGCAUGGGGCGGGCGUGGCGCGCCACUGUGCCGGGUUCUGUCGGGGGUCUAUUGUUGGAGUGAGGGUGGAUAUGUGGCGAGGAACGCUCGAGUUCUACCUGAAUAGGGAGCCACAAGGUAUAUCAUUCUACAACCUGCGUCGCCACCCUCUACUGUUCCCGAUGUUAUGUUCGACCGCCGCGCAGUCCUCGAUGCGACUGACGUAUGCGGCGUCGUGGCGCGCCUCGCUAUUGGUCGACGCGGCCAAGGUGCUCGCCGCCGCAGCCAAUAGGGAUCGACGCAGGCCACGCCUUCCGCCCGGCCUGUGGCAUACCCUCAAAUCACAGUUCUGGCUCAUUUUGCCCACUGAAGGCUGCAUAGAGGAGGACAAGCCCGAGACCAUGGAGGUGGAGUGCCCCGCGCCCGUCAAGAGUGUGCUGACGGAAAUCCUGCCGUCUCCAUACAUGAACGGUUUCUACGUGGACAGCAUCGAGCCCAACUACCGCCUCGUGCUGUGGCAGUGAGUGCGAGCGGGACGGAGAUGUCGCUAGUUGACUGCAGUGCGAGCGGGACGGAGAAAUGUCGCUGGUUGACUGCAGUGCGAGUGGGACGGAGAGAGGUCGCUAGUUGACUGCAGUGCGAGCGAGACGGAGAGAUGUCGCUAGUUUCUACCGCCUCGUGCUGUGGCAGUGAGUGCGAGCGGGACCGAUAGAUGUCGCUAGUUACUCUUUCAAUCUUAGACGAAUUUGGUGUAUUUGGGAGUAGGUUAAGUUUAAAUGUUAUAUUAGGUACUAGAUUAUGUUGACUUUAUACUGUAGUUAAGUUCUAUAUGAUAUUGGAUCUCUAUUCCUUAUUCCUAGGCCUUAGAGGCUAAGGUUCAAUCCACAUGUCUUGACUGGAUAUCUGUUUCAAUGUCCGAAUAGAAUAUUCCUGAUGAAAGAUUAUGUAGAUAAGGAGUUUAUAAAAGACAAACAAUUAUUUUCAUAAAUAUAAUGGUAAUGUGCCAAUCAUUGAUUUUUGACAUAAUAAUAAUAAUUAUUAACAAUUUAGUUAUACUUACAUAUAUUAUUUACUAUUACUUACUGUACCUAGUCCAAACAUCUUAUGCUAUGUCCAAGUGCUAUUAAUUUCUAUG